AUGGACGCCAGCUAUGAUGGGAAUAAGACAUCAAGUUUGGUCGAUAUAGAAUAUCUGGCCAGUGUCCUAAAGCUUGCCCAAUUCCCUCUCAUUGGCAAAGAGUACGGAAAUUCAGAGCAGCGACGGAAGGCUUUCAUCAAAGAGGCGAGCAAGCUCUACGAGAAGGGUAAUAACAUGUACAAAGACAAGCCAUACCGUCUCACCACUCUAGAUGGUGACCACAUCGUCGUGCCGGUUUCUGCGUUGGAAGAACUGAGAAGACUUCCUGAUGCGAAGACCCGUCUAACAACGAGUUAUGAACAGUCGAUCGAAAGUAAGUACACCAAUGGCACUAAAACCGACAUUUCCGGGUUCGUAAAUCGCAUAGUCCGGGCCGACCUAACUCGGAGCCUUAACCGCAUCAAUCCGCGCCUCGCGCAAGAAGCUGAGCGGACGGUUGACUCCGCACUCGGCCCCUGCGAAGACUGGACCGAAGCCGUGAUAUACGAGAAGCUUUUGCGCGUCGUGGCCAUCGUAUCCGGCCGUAUCUUCCUGGGUCCCGAUCUCUGCCGGCGGGAAGAAUACCUGAACUCAAGCAUCAACUAUACAGUCGACCUGUUCAGGGGCGUGCGCAAGCUGAAGCUGUGGAACGACUGGCUGCGACCCAUCGGACAGUAUUUCACGCCCGAGCUACACACUAUCUCUGAACACCGGCGGAAAGCAAAGGAGUUCCUGCAGCCUAUCAUUCGCGAGAGGCGAGACAUGAUUCGGGAGGGGAAGGAGUUGCCGGAUGAUAUGCUGCAGUGGAUGAUCAAGGACGCCGAGGACUACAGCCUGUCAGAUGAGGAUUUGGCCGAGGCACAGUUGGGUGUUAGUCUGGCGGCCAUUCAUACAACGACCAUGGCGACGACCGAUAUCUUAUACGAGCUUGCUAUCCGGCCGGAGAUUGUUGAGGAGAUCCGGGGGGAGGUCCAGGACGUGUUGAAGGAGAACGACGGGGUGAUUGGGACGCAUGCGCUGUUCCAAAUGAAGCUCCUCGACAGCGUGAUGCCCCGUUUCAGACGCUACAUCGACCAGCCCAUCACCCUCAGCGACGGCACCCUCCUCCCUGCGGGCUCAUUCAUUGAAGCCGCCCAUGGGUCCAUCAUCAGCAACCCAGCCCUGUACCCGGACCCGGAAACCUUUAACCCGUACCGGUUCCGCGACCUGCGGAAUGCUUCGGUCCCCGAUCCCAUCAACUACCAGACCACUGAGCAGUACCAGUUUGUGACCGUCACCAAAGAAAACAUGGGGUUCGGGUAUGGACGCCAUGCGUGUCCUGGGCGCUUUUUCGCAGCGAAUGUGAUGAAGUUGAUUUUGGCAAGAAUGCUGUUAAUUUAUGAUAUCAGGAUGCCUGGUGGGGGGAAGGAGAGGUAUGGGCCAUUGAUUCAAGGCGCUAGCAGAAAUCCAAACCCGAAGUACAAGAUUGAAAUCAGGAGGGUCAAGACAGUGGCCGGAAAGGAUUAA